AUAGGGUAUGGCGUUGAUCAGGACGCUGGUAUGGCAUAUGGGGGUGAUCAGGAUGCUGGUAUGGGUUAUGGCUGUGAUCAUGAUGCUGGUAUAGGGUUAUGGCGGUGAUCAAAACACUAGUACGGGGUAUGGUAGUGAUCAGGGUGAUGGUAUGGGGUAUGGCGGUGAUCAGGACGCUGAUAUGGGGGUAUGGCAGUGAUCAUGAUGCUGGUAUGGCAUAUGGGGUGAUCAGGAUGCUGGUAUGGCAUAUGGGUGAUCAGGAUGCUGGUAUGGGGUAUAGCGGUGCUCAGGAUGCUGGUAUGGGGGUAUGGCGGUGCUCAGGAUGCUGGUAUGAGGUAUGGCGGUGAUCAGGAUGCUGGUAUGGGGUAUGGCGGUAAUCAGGGUGCUGGUAUGAGGUAUGGCGGUGAUCAGGAUGCUAGUAUGGGGUAUGGCGGUGAUCAGGAUGCUGGUAUGGUGUAUGGCAGUAAUCAGGGUGCUGGUAUGGGGUAUGACGGCGAUCAGGAUGCUGGUAUGGUGUAUGGAGGUGAUCAGUGCACUGGUUAGGUGUAUGGAGAUGAUCUGGGCACUGGUAUGGUGUAUGGAGGUGAU